AUGUUCCCUACUCGUACCUAUUAUAGACCAUUAUCUAGAUUUGAUAUUUAUAAAUUAGCAUUAAUUGAUGAAUCAACAAUUGAAUAUCAGCGAUCAGCAUGGGAACGUUUAAAAAAAAGUAUUAAUAGUAAAAUAAAUAAAGUUAAUACCUCAAAUUUACCAUCAAUUAUUCGUGAAUUAUUUAAUAAUAAUAUUAUUCGCGGUCGUGGUUUACUUGCUCAUAAUAUUAUUCGAGCACAAAUAGCAUCACCAUUUUAUACUCCUGUUUAUGCUGCAUUAGUAUCUGUUAUUAAUACAAUAUUACCAGAAAUCGGUGAAUUAAUUGCUAAACAUCUUAUAUCAUCAUUUCAUCAUACAUAUGAACAAAAUGAUAAAAUUAAUUGUUUAUCAACAAUAAAAUUUAUUGGACAUUUUAUUAAUCAAAAUAUUUUACAUAGUCUAGUAGCAUUAGAAAUGCUUGUAGUUUUACUUGAAAAUCCGACUGAUGAUAGUGUUGAAUUAGCUAUUGAAUUUUUAAACAUAUGUGUAGAAAAAUUAUCACAAGUUAGUUUACAUGGAUUAGAUUCUGUAUUUUCAACAUUAAACAAUUUACUUAAUGAAUCAUCAUUAAAUGAAUGUACACUACAUAUAAUUGAAGUUUUAUUUGCUAUACGAAAAGAUCAAUUUAAAGUAAAUCCGAUGAUACAACCUGGUCUUGAUUUAGUUGAUGAAAGUGAUCAACAUACACAUAUAAUUACAUUAGAUGAUCCAUGUGAACCUGAACCAAUGCUUAAUAUAUUUCGAUAUGAUGACCAAUAUGAAGAAAAUGAAAAUGAAUAUGAAGAAUUUCGAAGAAAAAUUAUUAGUGAGAGUUAUGGUGAUAAACAAGGUAAUGGAAAAAAAAGAAGAACAAGAAAGUGAUGUAGCCUGGGGUCCGAUUCGUCCUAUAAUUACUAUAUUUUGUCGAAAAAAAGUCAGAAAAUCUGUGAUCUUCAUCGUACAGAAUAUUUACUCAUUAUCAGACAAGACAUUUUCAAUGAGUAAUCAUAUUUUUUCGAUGUUUAGUCGUACCAUAGUUGCAUUCAUUCUAAAUAAACAACUAAUUUUUCUUUUUCAUCUGGAAAAUUUAUUGAAUGAAUAAUAGCUAAAGAAUAUUAUACUAAAUAUUCAAAUUGAGCAAGCUAAUAUUACAAAAUGAUCAUAUACUUUAUGAAACUACUUUUUAUUCCUGUUUCAUAUAUGUAUGCGUAUGUAAAGCAUAUAAAUAGAUAUUGGUUGCACAAAUGAAUUAUUUUUAUUAUUCAAAUUUAACUAUGAAAAAUAACGUUUUGUCGAGAAAUAAUUGUGCUGUUAGUAUUUUUAAAAUCUCUCCUCUUUUGUGAACUUUAUUGGACUGUCUUCUUUACCAAAAGAGUUCCCAUUCAAUUUUCUAUAAAAAGUAUAUUGAAUGUUUUAUUGGGAAAUUCGAAGGGGUAACAUGCCAUGAGAAAUUUGGAGAUAUACCAAAAUGGAGGAAAAAGUAAAUGACGAUAAGCUGAAAAAUAGGUCUUUUUUUGAGGAUUUUUUGCUAAAAGUUUAUGAGACAGAAAAAUUUCCGUAGUCACCGUAUACGCCUUGAUGAGCUAUAGUUUUCCUCUAUAAUUAAGAAAGAAUCCUUGUUAGAAUGGAGCAUGUAAAGAUUUUAUUCUUUUUUGUCACUUUUUCAAAAAAUGACAAGUUUUUUAAUCAAUAACUUAAUCCCACCAAUAAAGUAAAUAAACCUUAUUCAAACUUGAUUCAAUUAGGUUGCAUUUUUUAUUUACUUUGAUAAUCAAGAUCUAGUUGUACUAGGUGGAAAAUAAUAUUUUGCCAGGGGGAUACCGCUAUAAUUGCAAAUAGAAGACAAUGAGUUUUAUAUCAAAUAAAAGCUCGUCAAAAAUGGGGUUUAUUGAUAUUAAAUAGUGAGGAUUAUGAAAACUUUUUAACAUUGAACUUGAGAAACUUUAAGAAAUUUUAUACUUUUUUUGGGGUGAGAAAGUAAAGUGCCAGUAAUUGAAAAAUGGAUUAAAAUGUUUUUCUUGGAUAUUUUUGCAUGAUUUGAUAGAGCUCGUCGAGCUCUAUGAAAUUGUAUAUAUUAAAAAUUUUUUGAGUGAUUUUUUAUGGUAAAAAAUUCAAAAAACUAUUUGGAAAAUCUUAAAAAACGUUUAAAAAGUCAUAUUUUUGAUAUGGAAGAAAAACACUAGAAUUUUUAAAAAAAUUUGCUUUUUUUUGAUUAUUUUUCCUCAGGUGUUUCGAAAUANAGUUUUCUUAGUUGUAGCAAUAACCGUACCAAUAGUUCAUGUAGUGAUCCCGUAACCAUACCUAUGGUAAUUGUCAUCGUUGCAUCACUAACAUUAAUAACGAUAGUCGAAGCUAUACUCCUUACUAGACGGCACUAUAACGCAUAAAGCGUUUCUUUCAUACUUGAUUACCGUGAUUCUAUUAAGAAAAGGACCAGUGGAACCAUGACAACUUAUGCCAAACUCCGAUGUAACAGCAUCAGUGAUAGAUGCAAGUAUGCAGGUGUCUGAAAAAUGGUCAAAAUCGACCCUAUUAGUGGGCUCCUAAUAUUCUAACCUGCCAUGUUCGCCUUAAACUCUAGGAUUGAAACCGUAUUCUUGAUUUGAGAAUGUAGUCGUAUACGAGACACUUUUAUGCACGAAUAUAAUCAUCAUGCUAACGAGGUGGUCCGUAUAAAAAUAAAAGCCUACGGUGGUGGCUGCUAGACGGACAUUAUCUGUUAUCUUGACCCUCAACUAGUCCAUAAAAUUCUUUGAAUCGGCCAUAACGAUAGGUUUUCGCUCUCUAACUUCCAUUGUUAGCUUUCAUGUUGAUGGUCAAAACUGUAUAGCCGAGUGGAGGAAUUAUACCAUCCCCAAUCUUCCUUUUGUCCAACUGGCGAAUAUUAACUAGCUUUUCGCCAAUUGGCGAAUAUACUAACGAAAAAUGAUCUGGGUGUAGGUGACCGGGUGUGGAUGUGGGUGUAGGUGCGAGUCUGGAUGUUGUAUAUGUGCUUGACCUAUACUCAUACCCACGUCCACACACCCACAUCGUGUAAUACUUAAAUAUUUUAUCAUCCAUUUAGUUGAGUCAAAAUUCUACGGAUUAAAAUUGGCGAAUUAUCCAUGACAUUCGCCCAUUGGCGAAAAUACUAAGGCAAAAAUAAAUAUUUUUUGACGAAUUUCAUACUAGAGAUCCGCCAAUAGACGAAUGUCGUGGGAAAAUUGUCACUAGUGAGCGUACUGUUGGCGAAAUUUCGAAUAGGUGAACUUACAGAGCCAGCUGCGUGUACGACAAGACUGAUAAUGAAAAAUCUUUUCCAAGAUAUGCAUGGCUACAAAGCUAAUAAUAGAAUCAAUAGGGUGACGA